AUGGCCGACGUCUCAGACCCACAAUUGGAACAAAACUACCAAAAAGUUCUCUCUGAUGCUGAUGAAACCAACUGGUGUGUAUUUGGAUAUGAUGCUUCUGGUAAGAAUAUCGUCUUCCAAGCUGCCGGUACUGGUGGUAUUGAAGAGUUGAAGGGACAUCUCGCUGAAGACCAAUGUCAAUAUGCCUACCUCCGUGUCAUCUCUGGUGAUGCUGAAUCAAAGAGAGCCAAGUUUGUCUUCAUCUCAUGGUGUGGUGAGGGUGUUGGUGCUUUGAAGAGAGCCAAGAUGUCUGUACACAAGGCUUCCGUCAAGAAGGUUAUCAAGAACUACGGUGUUGAGGCUCACUUCACCAACCCAGAUGAAGUCAACGAAAACGAAAUUGCCACCAAGAUCAAGAAGGCCUCCGGUGCUGACUACUCUGGUAACUCUGGAUCCCAAUAA